AUUCCAUGACAGUGCUCAGAAAAAAAAUUAGCAUGCCAGGAAAAUACAAAAGAGGAGGGGGUGCCGGUCGAGGAAAAGGAAACUUCAAACAAAGUCGGCGAAACGAGCGAGAUAAGAAGUUUACAGAGGACAGGUUUGUGAGUGAGAUGAAGGCGGCUGUGAAAGACGUUGAAACCGAUGUAUACGUGGCCGCCUUCCCGUUUCCGUUGGGCAUGUGGGACUUGGAACAGUGCGACCCUAAGAAAUGCACUGGCCGAAAACUCUGUCGAAAAGGGUUUGUCAAAACAUUGAAGCUGCAACAGAAGUUUAAUGGCCUUGUCCUGUCACCUGUGGGAGAAAAAUGUGUGUCUCGCCAAGACCGAGAGAUCAUUCUUGCGAAAGGAAUUGCUGUCGUAGAUUGCUCAUGGGCUCGCCUUGAGGAUACGCCGUUCAGUCGAAUGCGCACAAAUCAUCCACGCUUGUUGCCUUACCUGAUCGCAACGAAUCCCAUUAAUUAUGGACGACCGUGUAAACUUUCUUGCGUCGAGGCGUUCGCUGCAACUCUUUAUAUAACAGGGUUUAAAGAUCUGGGUGCGAUCUUGAUGAAGCGAUUUAAAUGGGGUCAUACAUUUUAUGAGGUGAACGGCGAGUUGUUGGAGAAGUAUCACCAGUGCGUUGACAGUGCAGAAGUUAUUUCUGCUCAGCACAGAUACCUUGAGGAAAUUGAGCGUGAGAGUUCGGCUAACAAGAAUGUUGAUUGGACAAUCAUUGAUGAAGAGCUUGAUUUUUGUAAUCCGAACAGAGGUGCUGGAAAGUAUGCAGAGGAGUUUUCAGACGAAGACGAUGAAGACGACGGCAACGACGAUGAUGAUGAUAGUGAUGAAAAUCCUGAUGAAAGUGAUGGUGAGGAUGAUGUAAAUGAUAACCCUGAAGAUGAAAGUGGUGAUGAAUAUGUUGAUGAAAAUAACGAAGAUGAUAUACAUGUAGGUGGUGAUAAUGAUGAAAGUGACAAGGAGGAAACAAGGAAACAGUGGUGAUGAUAACAUUGUCAACCAUAAUAAUGGAUAAUAUGUUUAGAUGCUAGGGAAGUAUAUGCAUGUACAAUAUAAGCGAUGUAAAUGUAAUGUACCAAAUGUUUGUUGGAAAGAGAAAAUUUGCAAAGAACAUUGACGACUGAUGAGAAAAAUUUAGCUUCAGCUAUGGAAGGGAUGCCUCCGUGGUUCAGUUGGUUAGCGCGCUAGCUCAGCACAAUAACCCAGGAGCCUCUCACCAAUGCGGUCGCUGUGAGUUCAAAGUUCAGUUCAUGGUGGCUUCCUCUCCGG